ACAGAAAAAAAACCAACUCGAUUUCCAAAGGCAUUUCAUUCACACGUGUAACUUGAAUCUCAAUGGGUCCAAAAGAAGCUCUAAUAUUUUUGACUCUGUCAGUUAUCGUCAUCAGUGCCAAGCGAUUACCCAAAGGCGAUUUAGAUUUCGAAACUCACUGGGUGUUCUCGAGUUGCUCUCUGGGGGACACAUCAUGGCAAAAGACCUUCAUUCGAUCCGCCCUAAAAUCCUGGGUGACCUCGAUCCAACCGGUGCGACGAUUGAAACAAGACUCCAAGAUCAUCAAAGACGCGAGAAUUGUGGGCAGGUUUCACGUGAAUGAUACGGAUUAUCAACCACUUGUGGUGGGUCAUGAUGACUACGCUUGGCUCAAGUAUGGUCCCGAGGAUCAAGGCAAUGGGUGGAUUGUGGGCCCCAUGAAGGUCAGAGAGAGUAAGGUCACCGGACGAGGCCUAGGAUUUAUCUUUCCGGAUUUUCAUACGGCCAUUGUUGGGGACUAUGAGAAUGACAAGUUAUUCAACGGUCAUAAUCGGAACGUGAAGGCUUACAGAUGCCGUCAAGGUAUGUUGGAAUUGCAAUACGAACCUCUCAAGAAACUGUCUCCUGUUUUCAAAUACGAGGCAGCCAAUGAGACCUUUCUUACGUCAAAACCGCUCCUUAUGGAUCCAUACGACAAACGAAACGUGUACGUGGCGCCCUCUGGUAUUCCCAAUGCGGGUCAAGGUCUCUUUGCCAAACGGACCAUUCCGGCCCAGACCUUAAUCGUAACUUAUGCUGGCCUUCACGUGUACGAUGAGGAGGAUUUAUACUCCGAAGACAUGACCCCGGAUGAAGUUGAGGAUGCUCAUAAGAAUCUAAUGAGCUAUGAUGACGAUUAUGCCUUAAAUAUUCCCCCUGACAUGUCCUCUCUGCAUCAAUACUGCUCUAGUCUGGGGCAUAAGGUCCAACACAAAUUCAAAAAUCCAAAUGCGGAUUUCGUUUUCUUUAAACAUCCCAGAUUCGGAUAUGUCCGAGCUUUGGGCUCCACGAGAACCAUUCAACGACAUGAGGAGAUCUUUGUGGAUUACUACUAUAGUAUAAAGGGUGACCGUUGCCCAAAUUGGUAUCGAACUCUUUACCAUCAAGUGUUUGGAACCAAGGGAAGACCUAAGGGAAAUGUGGAAAGCGAUUUCAGUCGCCUUAAUUUCAACUGAUGAUAUUGUUCUUUCAAUCUUAUGACGUGUGUGUGAUACGACGUAAAAUAUUUCCUGAAAAGGCUAAAUUGGUCGAGGCCAAGGUUUUAGAUAAAUAUACUUUGACAUUCAUGACAUU